UGUCUCCUUGCUCGAUGAAUCUGCAGUUCCGGUGCUUGUAGACACCGGCGAAGGUGUUCCUGAAGCCACCCACCUCGCUGAGAAGAUAGUGCCCUUGUACCUCUUUGAUUGGAAACGGGGACGACUCCACCAGUAUAUGUAGUCUUUUACGCGGAACGGACCUUCCUGAAUGUGGAGGAAGCUCCGGUACGCGGUCUUCUGCGGCUUGCUGGAACGCCCAUCUCCUCCUCUUCUCUGUCGGCGGGUUAGGCUCUCCGGCCCCUUCUCUUCUUGUUCUGAUUCGACAUGGAGUUCGGUUUCAACUUCGGAUAUGGGAAAUAGGUAUCAAAGGGACAAGGAGUUUUCAGAUUCAGGAUCAAAAUCUCUCCUUGGCAUCGGGAAAUCGGUUCUCUCCAGAUGUUUUUAUCUCUGCGAGAAGAAAGCCGACACCUUUGUGGAGGAGUCGUCUUUGCAAGACAUCCUCAGAGUGUAUGCAGAUAUGUCCCCGGAGACCACCCGUCGUUUCUGGCGAGUUUCAGUGUUGAGACCUGAUGAUUUCCUCGAAAUUUUGCUGGGAAUUGGAAAUGGUGAUUGUAGUUUAAGAAAGGUGGAAUUCUUGUUGAAAUUGUUUAGGUGGGCCAAGAAACAAAGUGCAGAUUUUGAUCAUCUCCCGAGGUCUUAUGAGGUCAUGAUUUCAGUUCUCAUCCGGGCACAGAUGUAUAAAGAUGCUGAAUCCUUACUUCUGGGAGUAGAGUCAAGGGAAAUUUUUUCUAAUUCUGCUGCAUUGUUUAGUGGCAUAAUCCAAGGUUAUGCCGAAGAUUGCAAAUUAGAGAAGGCAAUGGUUCUAUUUGAUAAAGCCAGAGAAAGGGGUACAGUCCCAUCUGCUUCCUGUUAUCAGUCUCUUUUGAGUCUUUUGGCCAAAAAAAAGAAAGUUGAAUUGAUUACAAAAGUCUAUAUGGAUAUGAUCAAGGUUGGAUUAGCCUCAUAUUCCCAAGAUUGCAUCCUGAAAAUAGUUAUUGUAGGACUGACAAAAAAAGAGAGGAUCCUCGAGGCUAUAACCGUACUUAGGCAACUAAGGUGUUCUGGUAUCGAAGCAAGCCAUUUUGCUCUUUCUGCAAUUGCUGAAGGAUUAUGCAAAAAGAAGGAUUUCGAAGAUAUGUUCAACUUUCUAGAAGAAUGGGGGCAUGCUCCUGAAGUUCGUAUUUGUAACAAAAUAAUUUCUUCAUUGUGCAUAGAUUUGGGUACCCAGGAAUCAUGGUCUUUCAUGCAAAGAAUGGAAGUUUUGGGCUUCAAGCCAGAUGCUAUAACCUUUAGCAUCCUCAUUUGUCAUAGUUGUAGGGCCAGAAAGUUGAGGGAUGGAUAUAUUUAUCUUUCAGAAUGUUUAUCCAGGGGAAUAGUACCUACUGCGUACAUCUAUAAUGCUCUUAUCAGUGCAGGUUUUAUGGAGGGUUUGCAUAGACAUGCAAAUGAUGUAUUUGAGGACAUGCUAGAGAAGGGUAUAAUGCCAGAUCAAACAACAUUCAAAAUUUUACUGGCUGGGUAUUGUAAAUAUAGAAAAUUUGAUGAAGUUAAACAGGUUCUAAUUGACAUGAGGAAUCGGUGCUUAACUUCUUUGACUUCCCUGGAGGAUUCACUCUCUAAGGCCUUAAUUUUUUUAGGACUUGAUCACUUGAAGGUGAAAAUAAAGCGUGAUAACAAUGUUGGAAUUCCUAGAUCUGAGUUCUUUGACUGUCUUGGCAAUGGGCUAUACUUAGAUACUGACGUAGAGGAGUAUGAAACAUCCUUGGCAGGAAUUCUUGAUUGUGCUAUGGUUCCAGAUUUUGAUUCUCAGUUAACGAGAGGAAAUGAUAAGGUUAACAUACAAACUGCAUUAAAAACAAAGGAUGAAUUAACCCAGUGGGGCCAGAACCUUUCAUUAUCGACAUACUCUAAAUUGUUCAGACACCUUUGUGCCACCCCACACCAUUUAAAAGAAGCUAUCAAUCUUUUAGAUGAUAUCCCAGAGUCACUUGAACUGCUUGAUGGUGAAACUCUUAAUUUACUUUUAAAAAAUUUAAGCAAGAAUGGAAUGGUAGCUCCUGCAAUGAUGAUUUUGGAGAGGUUGUUCAAGAGAAAGCUUCUGGUGGAGAGUCAAUCAUUUAUGGAACUCAUUGUUGGCUUAAGCAAAGAAAGGGACAUUGAUGGACUGCAAGAAUGCUGCAAUCAGGCAUACAGUAGCAUGUGGUUACCAAGCUCUAAGGACCUUAGACCUCUUUUUAGUUCUCUGUGUAGGUGGGGAUUAAUCAAAGAAGUUCUGGAGCUGUUUGAUAGGAUAUUGGAGAACUGCCCUGCAUUGGUUUCUUCCUUAUGUACUAGUGUUCUGAAGGAGUUAUGCAUGACAGGCUAUACAAAUGUUGGGUGUAUUUUGGUGGAGGAGCUUCUUGAGAGAAAUUUAGUCAUGGAUCAUGCACCCUUUGUAUAUAUCAGUAUGGGCUUCUUGAAGGAGCAGCAAUUGGUCGAAUCACUUGGAAUAUUGGAUAUAUUACACAACAAGAACAUGACCUUGCCUAUAAAUGUAUGCCAGCACAUGAUCCCUUUGUUGCUUCGGUUCAACAGGUUUGAAGAAGCCAUUGCCCUUAAGGAAUCUGUACUGACCAGGAAACCUGACUGUGGUUUUCUUAUUUAUAACAUUUUUCUGAGUGAGUUAAGCAGGACAAGAAAGUUUAAUGAUGGUUUAUCUCAAUUGCAAGAAAUGUUGCUGAGUAGGAUUCUCCCGAAUGAUAAUGCUUUAAAUGCAUUGUUGCAAAUGUGCUGUCAAAAAAAUAAUAUUCAGAAAGCAUUUGAAUUACUAGGUAUUUUAAUAAGAGUACAUGGCAACCUUUCUAUUUCAGGCUAUCGGAGCCUUGUGCGUCAAAUGCUCUUGAAGGGACUGAUAUCUCAUGCUUUGAGACUUAAAGAUCUGAUCCAGCAAAAAAAUAAAUUGGUGGAACUGAGUUUGUAUAACAUUUUAAUAUUUUGUCUCUUUCAAACAGGUAACAGUUCUAUUGUUGAAACUCUAUUAAAAGAUAUGCAACACAUGCACAUUCUUCCUGAUAAAAGCACUUAUGAUUUUCUUGUGCACGGCUUUCACAAGUGUGGAGAAGUCAUUAAAUCAGUUGAAGCACUUGAUACAAUUAUUUUCAAGGGUUGGAGACCAAGCAAUCGGAGCCUGAGAAUAGUAAUAUGUCAAUUUUGCAACGAUGGAAAGCUUGAGAAGGCAUUAGAACUGAGUCAGGUGAUGGAACAUAAUAAAUGGGAGCAUGGUUCAGUUAUCCAAAAUGAACUCGCCAUGGCCCUUCUCAGAUGUCGUGGUCUUUCUGAGGCUGAACUCUUUCUGGAUAGAGUAGCCAAAAAGGGGCUAAUUCCUGCAAACAUUGACUACAAUAAUUUGAUUCAAAAUAUGUGUAUGCAUUCUGGAAUACAGAAUGCAGUUGAUCUGCUGAAUGUAAUGUUCAAAAAGGGUAACCUUCCAAGCGAGAUGAGUUAUAGCUCAGUCAUUCAUGGGCUCUGUGUUUGCAAGGCAUUUGAUCAAGCACUUGAUUUCCAUGCUGAAAUGUUGCACCAGAACCUUCAGCCUACUGUAGAAGUUUGUAAUGCUCUUGUUAAAGGUCUUUGUGCGAACUGGAGGACUGAUGAUGCCCAAAGAAUUUUGAGAACUAUGCUCCAAUAUGGCCCUCCUCCAACUUACAGCUUGUAUAGUCAUGUUCUUGAUUGUUACCAUCUCAAUAACAAUCUGGACAAGGCAUCAGAGCUUUUGCAGGAAAUGCAACUGGCUGGACACUCUCCCAAUUUUGAAACUCAUUGGUCUCUUAUAAGCAAUUUGAGCAGCUUGGAGAAAAAGAGUGAUGAUGGUGAUAAGAGUAUUUUAUCUGGUCUUCUUUGUGGGAGUAGACUUCCUGUGACUAAUUCCAAGAGCAAAGUUGCCUCAGCAUUCAAAUAAGAAUUCCUAUCAUCAUAAAAUCUUGCAAAACUCUGUUUCAUGUGAUUUUGGAUUGUUUUACCACCUAUGGUGCAUCGUCUCUGGACAAUGGUAUUUGAUAAAGGAUCUAGAGUUGAUGUUAUUGCACGAGAAGGUAUAGGAUUCACCUUCCUGUGUGAUCAGUGCCAUGUCAUUUGUUUUAGCUGUUGAGAUGCCAAUAUACUGCAUAUUCCUGUGAAUAGGACAACCUGGGGCACUGAUUGGUUUUUGUGGUCAUCAACACUGGUGCAUGAUCUUCUUGUAGAGUAUAUACUGUUGCAGGAAGAUGCAAAGGAGCUGAAGAGGCAAGUUUUCAAAAUGAACUUGCCAGAUGCUAGAUGAAUCAUCAUCUGCUUGGAUCUUGGUGCAAAAAAGGUGUUUAAUCUAAUCUGAUUGCUGUUUAAGUUUUUGCUACGGUCAACCAAACGGUGGCGUAUGUGGCUGGGAAUAUCCAAUUAUAUUUGAAUGCACUUCCCUCAGUUCGUCUUGUUGUAGCCGUGGAACUGUGAAGUCAUCGACAAGGUUAUUAUAUUGAAUUUUACUGUCUGCCAAAUUCUCCAUGUGGCUAAAGCUGCUUGAUUUAUAGGAACAAAGAGGGAAUUGCUAAUUUGGAGUUUCUGGAUUUCCACACAACGUGAAAUACUUGCAGUUAACAAUGCUGUUCACCACACUCGGAAGAAAGUGUAGCUGUCCUGGUGCUUCUUGUCGAUGGAAAGUAGACAGCAAUGGACAUGAUGCCAGCUUUGCACAUAGAUUGUUGCACUGAGACGGUGCUUUGCUUCCGACCUGUACAACCAUCAUGUUCAUGAUACUCUCAUUUUCCAGAGAGAGCAAAGAAAGAAGAGGCAACAAGAACCUCCUCUUCCCACAGAGCUCUCAGCAAAUCUUCUCUACAGCAGCAGGAGCCAUCACAAUCCUCCACAAGUACCUCCCACUUGCCAUAUCAACACAGGUCCAAAACCCGGUUCCGAUUGCUGAUCGAACCUGAUUCAUCCCAGAAACCAACACCAUUACCAUCACAGAACAGUAGAGAGAGAGAGAGAGAGAGCUUUACCUUGGUGGAAAGGGGAAGCUGUGCUGGAGAGGAGUCUUCUUCCUGCUGUUCUUCAUUGAGCUCUGGCUGGGUCUUGAGGUUUCUGAUCACAAAGAAACCAGCCAAGGUGGCUGAUAGAAAGAUCAACAGUACUCUCAAAGGACACAUCUCUCUCUCUCUCUCUCUCGUUUCUCUUCUGAGAUCUACUCACCGAGGAGUUGCCAUGGGAAGCACUUUUAGAGAAGCAAAGGAGCAGGCUUGAGAGAAUGGUAGUUUGAGAAGAAAACAAAAGGUAAGAGGCAUGGGCGAAGGAAGAGGGGAGGGAUGGUUGGCCCUUGCGACGGUAACGGAUGAGCAUGCGAUCCAGUGGGGGCAAUGUGGGCUUGCUCGAGGAAGUCAAAAGGUGUUAUGGAAGGUGGAGGUGAGGUCCUCCUCUACGUGACAUUAGAUAUUAUUUUAUUAAGAAUCAUAUAAACAAUAAAGGGGAAGAGAUAAUUUCAACCAUCAAUGUGACAUAACAACCAUCAUCGAGGUGAUCGAUGAUGUAGCAGUGUAAUAAUGAUAUAACUCAGCCACCUCUAGGGGGAUAAUUUUGAGGAUUAAUAACUAUUAACUUGUGUUUA